CUUAACUUUUUCACCGAUUUGAUUCAAUUCAACACUCCCUUGAUAUUUUGGAUUUCUGGCUUUUAUUUCACUCAGUCGUUUCUUGCUGGAGUUUUGCAGAAUUAUGCUCGCAAGUACACUAUACCUAUAGAUACUUUGGGAUUUGAAUUCACUGUGACAAAUGUAUACAUAAGAGAUGUAGUAGCUUUGUCUUCCCUAGCCAGCUCUACGCGAGUGACAACUUCAGAUGGAGCUGCAGUCACGUCAGAGGCAGCAACUCGUCUUAUGACGUCUGUAGCUAUUGUCCCUGUCAAUAAAGCAGUCCCAAACACUCGUCUGAACCAACUAUCUAACGGACUCGAGAGUCCUGAGGAUGGAGCCUAUAUUGUGGGCAUUUUUCUGGAAGGAGCACGCUGGGAUACCACUGAAGACCAGUAA